AUGACUGUCCAGGAGCUGUGGCUGUGUGGCCUGCUGCUACAGGAGCACUUGCAGAGGAUAGGCACUCACCUGCUCAGAGGAGGGGCACAGAACCUCAGGACCAUCGCCAAUGAGACCAACACACCACUGGACCUGAUACUACACAAACGUACACACAUAAAACAUUGUUCAACAGGGGUGGUGACCCUGUCUUUUCUGCAGGUGAAGAAGUCUCUGUGUGUGUUGGUACAGCACGGUGCUUGUGAGUUCGGGCCGCGAGGCCCCGGGAGUCCAGUGGAGUACCGGGCCAGCUGUGAGUGGGUUCUAAGUGUUCUGCGGUACAUCUACACAGCUAAGACCCUGUAUGGAGACACAGGAGAACUCAUCGUGGAGGAGGUCCUACAACGAGGCCAUAUGAAUUUGAGCAACACGGUCAAGACAGCUGACCGACUCACUCAUAACAUGGAGGAGGGUCGUAGUAUGAAGUACAGUGAGGUGGUCUCAGCCUUCUCUAAGCUGGUGGAGACUCACUUCCUGCAGCGCUGUCCUCCGGUGGCCGAGAUGGGAACUGCAGCCACCUCCACUACCCCGGCGACCCCCGGCACCCCUGCCGCCCCCGCCUCCACUGCCCCCCCAACAGCAGAGAGCAACCCCGACUGCUACACACUGCCCCAUGUCACACUCAUAGGUCGUGGGAAGCGCAGACGCUCCAGUGACGGCAGUGAGGAGCAGAGAGGAGGGAAGAAAGCCAAGAUGGACUCCGAGUCGUGUGGUGAUGAGGGGAUCUACUGGCAGGUGAACUUUGAGAGGUUCCAUCAGCACUUCAGAGACCAGGCCAUCAUUAGUGCUGUGGCCAGCAAACUGGACCAGACCAGUAGUGAGAUAGUGAGGACUAUGUUGAAGAUGAGUGAGGUUACUACCACACAGAUGUCCGCCGACACUCAGCCUCUCUCCGCCAAUGAGAUCUUCCGCUCCCUCCCGCCCAACUACAGCAUCAGCAGACCAAUCCUGGACCAGUACCUCUCCCUUCUGGUGGAUGACCCGAUGGAGUUUGUGGGGAAAUCAGGUGACAGUGGAGGAGGAAUGUACGUGGUCAAUCUCCAAAGAGCCCUGGCCAACCUGGCGAGAGCCACACUGGAGUCUGUGGUACAGGAGAGGAUCUUCCGUCUGUUGCUAAGGAAACGUCAUCUGGAGCAGAAGCAGGUGGAGGACUUUGCUAUGAUUCCUGCCAAGGAGGCCAAAGACAUGCUGUACACACUGCUGUCAGAGAACCUGGUACAGCUACAGGUAAAACACACAAUAUACAAACCGUACAUUAUCAUGCUCACCUGUGUUUUUCCACCCUAGGAAAUCCCUAAGACUCCUGACCACGCCCCUUCACGUACCUUCUACCUCUACACUGUCAACCAGCUGCCUACUGCCCGGCUACUGCUACAACACUGCUACAAGGUUGGACUCUACAGAGAACCAGGUGGAUGAGACUGUCUUUCUACUGGAGUCCUACAUCUUUUCUACCAAGACCAAGUGAGAGGGAGGGAGGGAGGGAGAACCAGGUGGAUGAGACUGUCUUUCUACUGGAGUCCUACAUCUUCUCUACCAAGACCAAGUGAGAGGGAGGGAGAACCAGGUGGAUGAGACUGUCUUUCUACUGGAGUCCUACAUCUUUUCUACCAAGACCAAGUGAGAGGGAGGGAGAACCAGGUGGAUGAGACUGUCUUUCUACUGGAGUCCUACAUCUUUUCUACCAAGUGAGAGGGA